AUGGCCACUUCCGUGCUGUGGUGCUCAGUGUCAUGGCGGAAUGCGACCUGCAUUAAAAAGUUCGAAGCUGAGUUCGCUGCAGUUCUGGACAGUCUCUCCAGCACACAAGAAGGCGAUACCGCGGAUACCAACGCAUCUGCUGAAGUUGACUACGUGGACUGGGCCUCUCUCAAAAAUCAGCUUGUCUGCUUCGGACCUGAACAAGUCGGCCCUAACAUCCUCUUCAGUCGCUUGCGUUCUCGCCUCUUUCGGCUAAACACG